AUGGAUUUCUCCGCAUCACGCCGAGGGAUGGAAGUGGGACGAAAGCGUCAAAACCCGCCGUUUGUUGUUAUUGUCAUUGGGGAGGUGUUUAACGCCUCCUCCCACCCUCUGUUUCCUGUCGCCCCAGCAGAGGAACUUCCCUUCGCCCUGUUGCCUGUCUGCAACACACCCAUCAUUGACUACAUCCUCGAGAAUCUCGCGGGGAAUGGAGCAAAUGAGAUUUAUAUUUUACUCAAUAGCGAGUCUGUGGCGCCAGUGUGUCAACAUCUGCAGGGCAACCGUACCGCCUGCAGCAGGCCGGGAAUGCAGGGGAACGACUUGAAGGUGGAGGUUGUGGCGAGUACGCGUAAAAUGACAAGCUUGUUUGAUGCCGCAACGCAGAUUUUGGAGCAAAACAUUGUACAACAGAACUCAUCAUUUCUUUUUGUGCCGAUUGAUGCGAUUGCGUCCUUUCAGAAUUUGUCUGAUCUCUUGGAGACACACAUUCAGCGGACAAUGAAUAUUAAAAAUUACGCGGCAACGAUGCUGUGCGCGUCUGUCAAGUCUCUUCUGGAGGACACUCUUCAUGAUGUCCUUGUUGGGGAGCUUAACAAGCAAGACCGUGCGGCCGGCAGCUCUAUAUUAGAGCGGGACUCUACGAGCACCGUUGGCUUAAACAUUGGCGCGGCAGAGAGACGUCCACAUACGGCUCCAGAAUACCUGCCGAAUCAUUUGACGAUGUUUACGCUAGAAAAAUCGACAGGUGUUGUGCACAACAUGGUGCGUUUGGAGCAGGACGAGAAGCUGGCAGAGGCUGUGACGAUGAACUUUAGGAAA